AUGUUUUCCAAGUUCAAGGGACCCAGGGGAGAGGAGUACGAAAUGGUUGAGCAAGAAGCACCACCUGAUUCAACAGCUUCCACACCCAAUGAGGAAGAAGAGCAAGAAACACCGGAACUGGGUAACGGGAGCCGACAGUCGCUGGACUCGCAGUCUUCUGACAUAUUUCAAGAUCUCGAAGGAUGCGCUUCUAAGUCGACACAAGACAAUCGGGAUUUCCACGACGACCCCCUUUUCCACGCGGUGCUACGAAGGUACCGUAAACAAGGGAUCAGCUCGAAAGUAUGUGGCGCUAUAUCACUCGUGUUUCUAACGCUCUGGCUAGGAGGACUAAUCUUGUAUUCGCAACUACACCCUUCACAAUUGCUAGCCAAGGCAACGUGGCAAACUUCAGUUCGUGUCAAUGGACAAAAUGUGACAUUGAGCGCGUAUAGCCCGCAAUACCAGAACUUGACGUUGGAUAACUGGAUGCAGGGAAACUACAAUGGCUGGAAAGAAUCGAUUGUAUGGUUGAACGAACAACAAUACCCCAAGACUUUGGGAGGUGGGUUUUACCUUACCGCGAGAAAAGACCUGGUUGUUCUUAAACAGGUCAAUUCCAAUUAUGAGGAAAACUUUAUUGAAUCGCGCAAGUUUGCCUACAAGAACAACUUCUUUUACGUUGAGGAUAUAAUCGCCAACCCUGGCGGGCCCAUUGACGAGACAAGCAAUGUGCAUCUUGUUAAAAGCAACAUCUUGAAGCAAUGGAGACAUCUGAGUUUCGCCUUGUAUUGGCUAUAUAAUCCCAUGCGAGGCACACAUACUCCCAUUCAGCCACAGCCCGUGACUGAAGAAACGACUUCCUUGGUAGGAUUACAUUUUGCCGAGUUUUCACCCGAUGGCAAACACGUCUUGUUUGCAUUCGAGCACAACUUGUAUAUUCAGGAUGUCUCUGGUGGCAAUCUACAUCAAAUAACACAGGAUGGAUCGCCGGAUAUAUUCAAUGGCAAGCCAGACUGGGUUUAUGAAGAAGAAGUAGUUGCCACUGAUCGAAUGGUGUGGUGGUCGCCUGAUUCCAGCAAAGUCGUGUUUGCUAAAUUGGACGAUACCAAUGUCAUUGAGGUUGAUAUCGACUACUAUGUAAAACUGGUUUUUGAAAUAGGCAUGCUGUAUAAACUGCCGAUUGGUCACACUGCUGUAAGUGAUGGUGGUGUCAACCAGUACCCACUCGUAUCAAAGCUCAAGUACCCGAAGCCCGGCACGCCCAACCCCCUUGCGAGUCUUUAUGUUUAUGAUGUCAAGGAGCAAACCGUUGAACUUUUGAAGAAUGAUGAUGGUGGUGACAGCAACAAAGAUCUCGGUGAGGAUUUCUUGCUAUACCAGGCCAUUUGGAUAGACAAGGACAAUUUUCUAAUUAAGGAAACGGAUAGAACAAGUACAAAAUUUGCCAGAAAGCUAUAUAGGCCCAGCAGUGGCUCCAAUAGCAUCAAGACUGUGCACUCGGAAAAUGUCCAAGACACGUUUGGUGGCUGGGUUGAAAAGAUGAAAAUGAAGCCGUUAACUGUGGAGACUGGCAACGACGAUGAAGACAACAAGUACGUUGACCUAUACGUCUACGAGGGGAAAACUUAUUUGGCAUUGUUUGAUAGUCCCAGUGCACCUGAACCACUGAAAAUUUUUGUCAAGCACCAAGCAAUCAACACCAAGGCUGCAUUUGACAAACAAGAAAACUAUUUGUAUUUCCUAACCAAUGUCAAGAGCCCCAUGGACUCCCAUCUCAUGGGGUUCCAUCUCCACCUGGAAAAAUCAAUGGAGAUGACGGAUUUGGCAAUCGACGCUCACUAUUCAGCCGAGUUUUCGCAAAAUGGACGAUUCUUGAACUUGAUGUAUCAGGGACCUAACCAGCCCUGGCAACGAUUAGUCAGCAUGGCUGAGAUUCACGAUCAAUUUAUCAAUGAUGAUGCCUCGUCGGUGCGAGAAGUUAUCCAGCAUCAGCCGAUAAUUAAUCAUGCCAAGCAGUACCGCGAGAUGAUGAAGGAGAAAAACUUGCCCACAGUUCUUUACCGCCAGAUCAAAGUCAACAAGGAAGAUAUAUACUUGACGGUGAAGGAGAUUUUGCCGCCUAAUUUCGACCCGAGCAACAACAAAAAAUACCCUUUAAUUGUGCACGUUUACGGUGGGCCCGGCUCGCAAACCGUGCUUAAAAAAUUCAACGUCGAUGCAUUGCAGAUUUUGAGCAGUUCACUCGACGCUAUAGUGUUGGAAAUUGAGCCACGCGGCACCGGUGGCAACGACUGGAAGUUCAAAGCAUUCGCUACGGAGCGAAUAGGAUAUUGGGGUGCUCAUGAUAUCCAACUAGUCGCUUCCGAAUACAUUGCCGCCAACAAGCAACUCAUCGAUGCUGAAAAAGUUGCCAUCUACGGCUGGUCCUAUGGCGGGUUCAACACUUUGAAAACGUUGGAGCUUGACCAUGGCGACACUUUUAAGUAUGGAGUUGCCAUUGCCCCAGUGACAAACUGGUUAUUUUACGAUUCCGUGUUCACGGAGAGAAUUAUGAAACUGCCAGUAGGUAACGAAAACUAUCAGCUUUACUCGCGAGUUAACAAUGUCCAUAAUUUCGCACAAACACGCAGGUUCCUCUUGAUGCACGGCACUGGUGACGACAAUGUUCAUUUUCAAAACACCAUGUGGUUAGUUGACAAGCUUGAUGUUGAAGGUGUUACAAACUAUGAUAUGCAGAUUUUCCCCGAUAGCAACCAUGAUAUACUAUAUGACAAUGCUAGCAGGAUACUAUAUGGCAAGCUACUAGGCUGGCUAAGGGAUGCCUUUAGCGGUAAAUUCAAUUGA